AACUUGUGAACCUCCUCCCUCCCUUUUCCAGCUUUAAAUACAGUCACAUUUUAUUUUCCGACAUACCUAAAAUCCCCUCAAAAGUCUCUCUACAUUUGGGAAUAAUAAGCUAUAUCGGCAAAAUUCUGAACUGUACUUCUUGUUUUUAGCAUCCGGAAAUGGCGACUGGAAGACUAGAUCUGGACGGGAAUCCGAUUAAGCCGAUCACGAUAUGCAUGAUCGGCGCCGGCGGUUUCAUCGGCUCUCACCUCUGCGAGAAGCUGAUGGCGGAGACGCCGCACAAGGUCCUGGCCGUCGAUGUUCACAGUGACAAGAUCAACCACCUUCUUCAAUCCUCCUCAUCGUCCUGGGGCGAUCGCAUCCAGUUUCACCGCCUGAACAUUAAGAACGACUCUCGCCUCGAAGGUCUCAUCCGCAUGGCGGAUCUUACCAUAAAUCUUGCUGCAAUAUGCACUCCAGCAGACUAUAACACACGUCCUCUAGACACAAUCUACAGCAAUUUCAUCGAUGCUCUCCCUGUGGUUAAAUACUGUUCAGAAAAUGGAAAGCGCCUCAUACAUUUCUCUACUUGUGAAGUUUAUGGUAAAACAAUUGGCAGCUUCUUACCCAAAGAUAGCCCUCUGCGGCAAGACCCAAAUUAUUAUGUUCUUAAGGAGGACGUCUCCCCGUGCAUUUUUGGCUCAAUUGAGAAGCAGAGAUGGUCAUAUGCAUGUGCAAAGCAGUUAAUUGAGAGAUUGAUUUAUGCCGAGGGUGCUGAGAAUGGUCUUGAAUUCACAAUCGUGAGGCCUUUCAACUGGAUUGGUCCCAGGAUGGACUUCAUACCUGGAAUUGAUGGCCCAAGUGAGGGUGUUCCAAGAGUUUUGGCCUGCUUUAGUAAUAAUCUCUUGAGGCGUGAACCGCUAAAACUUGUCGAUGGUGGUGAAUCCCAAAGAACUUUCAUUUACAUCAAGGAUGCAAUUGAAGCUGUUCUUUUGAUGAUUGAAAAUCCAGAUAGGGCUAGUGGUCACAUAUUCAAUGUGGGCAAUCCGAAUAAUGAAGUCACUGUCAGGCAGCUUGCUGAGAUGAUGACUGAGGUCUACACUAAGGUUAGCGGGGAACCUGCACUGGAUACACCGACCAUAGACAUAAGCUCGAAAGAAUUCUAUGGCGAAGGAUAUGAUGACAGUGACAAGAGAAUUCCAGAUAUGACCAUUAUCAACAAACAACUUGGAUGGAACCCAAAGACCUCUCUCUGGGACUUGCUCGAGUCGACUUUGACAUACCAACACAGGACGUAUGCUGAGGCUGUGAAGAUGGCUACUUCAAAAGCCUUUGCAAGUUGAGGAAAAUUGAUCGGUAUUUGGUUCCAUUUGAUGUGAUGCUCUUGGCCGGCAAUUUCUAUUCGUUUACUGUUCAUUCGAUUCAUUUCUCGUAUACCAAAUAUGGUUCCUUCUUAUGCAUAACAAAAUUAUCCAUGUAUCUCUUCUCUCGUGUAUGUUAGUGUACGGCUCCUAAUCGUUGUAAUGAUCUUUAUGUCUUGUAUUUCUGUGAGAUGUCGCUUUAAUAGAUAUUCAAUUGUAGUUUUUUGUUAUGGUGACGAAGAGUAUGUGCUUAGGCAAUAUCCUCGAUAUCAAGAGUAAAACCUAGUAUUGUAUUUUCCAAUCAUUUUGGCACAAUGAUUUCCCUUUCUUAAAAAAACUUUUGAUUUAUGUUUUGGAUCUUAAGGGAUGAUUUGUCUAGCAUUUCAAAUGAAUUUUUUUACCAUCC